GGAUUGGAUAAGAAAAGCUUUGCGAGCGAGCGAAACAGCAGAACAGCAGCACACUCCACCAACGCAAUGGCGUCGCCGUCGUGUGCCUCCACGCUGCCAUGGACCCCCGCCUUCUCCGGCUCCUCCUCCUCGCCCCGCCUCCAGACGCGCCGGUCCACGUCCCUGGUCAUCGUCGCCCAGGGCAAGGUCAAGAAGUAUCGCCAGGUCAUACUGAUGGAUGACAUAGAAGAGGUGGGUGGGAAGAAAGGGGACAUGAUGAAGGUGCGGGCCGGGUUCUACCGCAACUUCCUCCUCCCCAAGGGCAAGGCUACGCUGCUCACCCCGGAUGUCCUCAAGGAAAUGCAACUGGAGCAGGAGAGAAUAGAGGCUGAAAAGCAGCGGGUGAAAGAAGAGGCACAACAACUUGCGCGAGUUUUUGAGACUAUCGGUGCAUUCAAAGUGCCACGUAAAGGUGGAAAAGGGAAGCAAAUCUUUGGCAGUGUCACGUCGCAAGAUCUUGUGGAGAUCAUAAAGUCACAGCUUAACAGGGACGUCGACAAGCGGCUCGUAGAGGUUCCAGAGAUCCGCGAGGUCGGGGAGUACGUCGCGGAGAUCAAGCUCCACCCUGAUGUCACUGCUAGAGUGAGGCUAACUGUGUAUGCCAAGUGAGCCCGGUCUGCACACGGGUGUAGACGGAACCUGCAGUGGAUAAUUGGUGAAGUCUGAUCUCACGAGAUUUGACAUAUAUAUGCUGUGAUUGUUCGGCCUGCAAUCGAGGAUGAGUUUUUCUUUUUUACAAAGUUGUUAUGGUGAUGUAUACAUUAGGACAACUGUGGAAGAGCUCCUGAUUUUUACCAAGUGAAUAUGUGAAAUCCUUUUUUGUUCAUUUGUUUGCAAAGAUUUUACUGAA